AUGCUAGCCAACAUAAUCUCUUCCGGAUUUUACCCUGAACUAUCUACAGUAGAGAAAGCUCUAAAGUUGACGCCGCCUAAAAAUGGACCCAGUUUUCGGAUUAUAACACUGGCAGACGAGGGUAAGAAAAAGCCGGUAUUUCCAGCAUGGAGCCAACAUGGUCCAAAAGGCACCGUGAAAGCCCCAAACAGCUGGGGAGCACAGGCGUCUGAUUGGGCCAUCCGCGCAGGCCUCGCUACAGGUUUAGGCUUGCAUAGCGCUCGCCGGGAAGCUCUUAUUAAGGCUAAUGUGCUAACGAGGCAUCUAAAAGACAACGGUUAUACUUUGGGCCAGGUACUAAAGUUCGCAUCCCAGAACAAUCCGAAUGUGCUCAUUCAUAGUUAUCUCGGCAAUGUAUCAACAAUUGAUGGUGCGGCCAGUUUCCUUGGAUUGGAACGCCGCACAGACCUAGCGGAAGACUUUCGUUCAGUGACUAUGAAGUGGAAUCCUGCGCUUAAUCAUUCAAUCCCAAUAAGAGAGCAGAGGGAUCUCGAAAACAGCCCAGAAUACAGAUCGAUUAAAGACAGGAUCGCAGAAAUCAAAUCACUGAAAGAAUCAGCUCCUAAGGAUAGCGAGGAGGCCCUAAAACUUCAGUUGAAAGCAGAGCAAGAUAAGUUACGAGCGCUGAGGAAGAAAAAGCUCAAAGAUUUACAAGCCUCACAAAAAAUUAUCUACGAAUCUGUGGAAAGCCCACACGAACAAUGGGACGCGCGCCGAAGCCACUUUCACCGCAUCAAGCACAUGCUAUCAGAACCGCGUACUCGCCUUAUGGAAGUCAUGAAAGAGCGUGUACCUCCACGGAGCAAGAAAUGGAUUUCUGCCCUGCAAGAUCUCGUGACACUCCGCACAACUUCUUCACGGCUAGCUUUUCAAAAUGUGCUGAUGCCCACUAAUGAUGGUUACUGCCCAGUGUCUUCGUGUAAGAUGCGUAUGGAUAAAAUUAUUCCACCAAAGCAAUGGAGUCAUAUUUAUCGUUGUUACAAGAAAAAUCUCAUAGAUGAGUUCGGAUUUGCUCAAUUUUGUUUUCUUUGUAGCAGUUGGCAGACGAGCAAAGAAGACUGGAAGACUCAUUGUCAACAACAUAUUGAAAGGGACGACGUCCCUUUCCGAUGCGAUCCGGUUACCUUUCGCUAUGCAACUGCCCACGCGGGGUACUGUCCUGUUGCAACGACCGAUGUCAAUUUGGUUUUCGCGGCAUGGGGGGAUUUGAAGCCUCCCGAAGAAGAGAUGAUGGUUGAUCCGGAGUUAUACAAGGCUACGACCGACAACAUGUCAGCGGCUGAGAUACUAGAAACUCACAUUGAUGACACGAAUAGCUAUGAAGCAUCUUUGAUCGAUGAUCCUUAUGACGCUGAUUGCAUCCUUGCUAAAUGGAAGGAAGGCCGAAAAAUGCUAUAUCUCGUGAAGUGGGAUGACGGAACAACGACCUGGGAACCGCAAGAAGAGAUUUUAAAACAAGAUCUAAUUAGUAAGUUUGAAAAAGGGUAUAAGGGUUUUAACAAAGGCAUUGAGGUGUUUGGAACGCGGAUAAACGGCAGGAGUAAGAAAGUUGAGUACAAGAUACGGUUUUUAAAUUAUGCUGGAGCCGAGAAAGAUAAGUCUUGGUGGGUUCCUGAGAGUACUAUGGACCCGGAGAUCCGUCAGAAUCAUACAACAGCAAAGCAGACGACGAGGAAGAGAAGAAAGAGGUCGUAG